AUACUUGACAAAACGAGAUCUUUUGAAAUCUAAGUCAUUCGGUCAGCACUGCAGACCGCGUCGUGAGUAAGUCUCUUGCGCGAAACAAUGACGUCUCGAGUUCUUCUGUUUCUGAUGAUCAUUUGUGUCUGGAACGACAUCAAGGAAGCGCGUGCGAUGGAUGAUUAUGACGUCGAUCCCGAAUCGAUCGUCCGCUCGGUUCACAUUGAUAGCUCUCACCACGCCCACAUUCAACAAGGCGGAGUCAAAAUCUGGCGCUUCGACAUCGCAGCCGAAGAAUGCGAGUCCGCUCGAGUGCAUCUCGAUGCAUUCGUCAUGGCGCCGGGAGACUACGUCCUCGUGUACGGCCUCGAUGCAAACGGGCGGACUAUCGGAAUGGAGAGAUUCGAGGGUAAAGGAUGGCGGGAUGCCGGAGACGUAAACAGCCGUCGCGUUUGGGCUAAACAUAUCGUGCUCGAGCUGCACGCUACAAAUGGCCAAUCUCACUUUCAUCUCACUUACGUUCACUACUCCGACUGCUACUAUGAACGACUGGGCAAGCCCAACAAGCUAUGCUCGGGGGGAGCCGGAUGGAAAAACUUAGUCUGCUUUAAGAACGACGUACCACAACUUUACCAACUCGGGGAUGCCGUCUUUAAACUGCGUUAUGUCAGGAACGGGACUGGAAGAGUAGCGACAGGAUGGAAAGCGACCGACGACGGACACUGCAUGACUAACAAUCACGCCGUCAAUACCGACCAGGUGGUCCGUACUCUCGAACUCCUCUAUAAAUACGACGCCACGACUUGCAAUGGUAGCACCGGAAGGGUCAACGCCACGUACCACGGAGACCGCAUGAUUCAGACAAACGGUCCACUCGACUUCACUAUCUUUACAGUGAGAGAGAACAUAACGCGCGUUAGAUGUCUACCCCGCACAACCUCGAUUCCGCCGACGACCAGCAUGCUACUCAUCGUUCACCAUCCAAACGGAAAAGUCAAGAAAUUGUCCUACAAGUCAAACGUCGACGCCGGAAGAGUGUGCAAACGUAAUGCGUCCUGUGCUACGAAUAAGGUCUGCUACAACUGUGAUACGGUCAAUGGAUCAUCCGGGGCUCCUGUCAUCUACAGACCUAACUCGACUUCUUCAUUCUACGUAUUUGCGUUGCACAAAGGUGCUCCAGCAUCGGGAUGUCCCAACAGAGGAAUAAAAAUGUCCAAAAUUAUACCCGCUGCUGGCAAUAACCUUGGACCUUGUACUUGAAUCAUCGACGAGAACUCGUGAGGACGCUAACCGUGAGUAGCAGAGAGACAAAGUCCCGGAUAGAUAAAAGCGCAGCUGCUCGAACGGCUUCUUUGCUGUAGUAAACGUGUCUGGUAUAGCUUAUUGACACUGUUAGCAUAUACGCAUUCGUUCUCUAGUCGGUGUUGAGAAAACUAUAACAUUAGUCAAUUAAUAAAAACCGGGCUGCAUU